CAUUGAUGGGCGUGUCUCGGCGUGGCGCGCUACCGGGUCGGUGCCGGGUCGGUUCGGUCCGUGCCGGGUCGGUUCAUGGCGCUGCUAUUAGAGCACGAGUUCCGGCCGCUGCCGGCGGACAAACAGAUCGAGACGCUGCCGUUCCUGGAGGCCGUGUCCCACCUGCCGCCAUUCUUCGAUUGCCUGGGGACACCCAUCGUGUACUCACCCGUCAAAGCCGACCUGGCUGGGAACAUCAAGAAGAUCCGGGCUGUUUAUGAGUCCAACCCCAGCAAGUUCAAAACGCUGCAGAACAUCCUGGAGGUGGAGAAGGAAAUGCACGGUGCUGCAUGGCCUAAGACCGGAGCCACGCUGGCGCUGAUGUGGCUGAAGAGGGGCCUGAAGUUCAUGCUGGUGCUGCUGCAGAGCAUCUCCGAUGGCGAGCGGGAUGAGGAGCAUCCCAACCUCAUCCGUGUCAAUGCCAUGAAAGCCUAUGAGAUUGCCCUCAAGAAAUACCACGGCUGGAUGCUGCAGAAGCUUUUCAUGGGCUCGGUCUAUGCGCUGCCCUACAAGUCAGAUCUGCUGAAGGCUUUGGAGAAAGGCAGAGAGGUGAAGGAGGAGGAGAGCAUUGAGAAGAUCCACCAGUUCCUCACCAGGGUGACUCCCAUCCUGGAUGCCAUCUAUGAGAUGUACACCCGGAUGAACGCCGAGCUGAGCUACAAAGCUUAAUGGGGUCAGAGCAACAAGCGGGGCCGCUCCGCUCCUCAAACCCCAUCCUGCUGCGGAUCUGCACCCGACAGGCCUUUUUUUCUAACAAGAAUCAUUCAUUUUCUAUCGAAAUUCAAGCAAUAAACCAGUUGUACCCUGGGGGCACCUCAAGAUUUCCCAAGCUUUUAUAGCACAGAGGAAAAAUAUCCACGUUCCUCAGGAGCUGUUGCAGGGAAUGACGUUUGAUGGGUGGCCUCAUCCUGUUGGUGCUGCUGGGCUUUGGGUCUCACACAGCUCCGGGCACCCAACACCUCUCUGACCCCACAGCAGAGGAACUGAGGAUCCCAAGCCAUGACCAUCCCGUUGCCUCCAACCCUUCCAGCGCUGCAGAUGGGAGCGAUGCCGGGAUGUUCCGAGCUCUAUUUGCCGGAUGCCUUAAGGACCUUUCACCAGCACAACUCAAUAAAUCUCACCUUAAACCUGGA